UUCGACGUUCCUACUCCUGCCCCUUUUGAGCAAAGCCCGCCUUGAAGGGGUGUAGGGGCUGUGGCCACAUGGCGCAGACUGGUUCAUGCGGUCCUUGGGGAACCGCUGCAUGUUGGAGUUUGGGUUUGGAUGCAGAGAGCAGGCUGGUGGCUGGGCUGACAACGGUGCUGCUGUUCUUCCUCUGCAUCACACAAGCAUCCCAGGCACACCAGAAGCCAUCAUCAGAGGUGGUCGGGGCUGUUCACGGGGUGGCAUAUCUCAGUCCGAGCCUGCAAAGCAACAUCUCCUACCAUGAAGUCCACUGGCGCCGCAAUAACACCUUGAAACUGGCCAGCCGGGACGGCAGCGGGGAGGUCUGGUACCGCAACAACAGCUACCGAGGGCGCCUGCAGCUCUUCUCCAACAACACCCUGAAGAUCAGCCGCCUGCAGAAGAGUGACAGCAGCGUGUACCAGCUGUACAUGGAGGAUGAGACGGGCAAGGGGCUCAUUGAGAGCGUCCUCCUGACGGUGUACGAGCUGGUCCCAAAGCCCACUGUGAAUGCCAAAGUGAUCAGGGGUGACCCGGAGCAGUGCGAAGCAACCCUGGAGUGCUCAGUGGGGCUCCAAGCGGUGACCUAUGAGUGGAUCUCCCACUCCAAGAUCCAGUGGAGCCGUGUCAGUGCUUCUGAGCUGCACGUGUCCCUCAGCUCCUCACCAGAUACUUACACCUGCACGGUCAGCAACCCCGUGUCCUCCAACAACGCCUCGCUGAUCUACACGCACCCCUGCUCCUGGACAGGUGAGUCCUCCAGUGCUGCUUCCUGCACCAUCACCAGCACGCUGGUGGCCCUGGCGCUCCAUCUCCUCUGCCUCCUCCUCCUCACUCUGCCUUAAGGCCGCUCUGUGGUUGACGUCUCACCUGUCUCAUCACCCCUGCUCCUGGAUGAAGCCUCCGGCCGGGCUGGAUGCAGAAGGAUGCAGUUGCUCAAGGGGACCAUCACAACCAGUGCCUGCUACAGCAGCACCCACCCAAUCCCUCCACAUCGGCCCGCUUCCUGCAGCCCAAGCUUGGGCUGCUCCGUGCCUCGGUUUCCCUCCU